CACAUACAUCAUGGCCAUCAUAUGGCCUGAGCAGUACACUCUGCCCAGCUCUACCUAUGUCCCGAACAGUAUCUUGCCAGUCCUAAUAUAUCGGGGAGUUCUACCAGUUCCCGUGAAUUCGGAACUGGCAAAGCAUCUAUGUGAGAGAAACGGCUGGGAAAAACGCGUGAGUUUUUAAACGCAAAAAGAUCGUACCCAAACAAUACGCUCAACACCAGUUAGGGCGAAUGGGGGGAGAUUAAAAUACCUCAUUUUCACCCUAAUACUCAUGAAUGCUACGGUACGGACUCCAGUGGCGCGGGAUCGGUUUCUCAACCAAUCUAAAUUGCACAGCUAUCACUCGAGGAAGUUCGCGUUUAGCUCUUGGGCGAGCAAAGGAGGAUGAGGGCACCGAUGGCGUUGAAGUCGAUAUCAGUGUGGGGGAUGUGAUCGUAAUCCCAGCGGGUGUUUCGCACCGGUCGCUCAGAUCUGAAGGCGGUUUCAGAUAUAUUGGUGUAUAUCCCGAGGCAGCUCCGCGCUGGCGAAAUAAUCAUUGCGAAGGCGAUGAAUCCAUGGCUGCAUUAUCCGAGGAAAUUAACAACGUGCCAAUACCCGAUUCUGACCCAGUAUUUGGCACCAACGGUCCUUUGAGUCAGAUUUGGAAGUCCAGACGAGCCGCAGGCCGCGCGAGGAUAUGAGCUUCUGAUAGAAUUGCUAGAAUUGAGUCGGUAAAAGUAG